AGCAAAACACUGCAGCACCCUGGCCGCUCUUGAGUUGGGGAAGGAAUUAAGGAGGCUGUGCCUCCGGGUUGCGCGAAGAGUCCAAGUCAUUUCUCAGAAACCUCCGAUAGGUGGUCCUUAGAGAAAACGCCGCAGGGCGCCGCCAGGAUAAGGAAUCGCACCCUCGCCUGCCUGCUUGGGAGAGACAGAACCUGGCACUUCUCGGGGUGAAGGUGAGGGAGAGGCUGUAAAUCAGCCAGAAGAGCCUCGAAGUCCUCCAACGGCCCCGUGAAAGGAGGUGACCCCCGCCAGGAGAGAUGGUCUCCGGGUCCGGCCCCGCCUAGCGGCAGCUCCAGCUUCCCAGGGAAUGUUCCACUAGCGCCAUGGACCGAGCCCGCGGUGCGGCCCUGCAGCUGCGCCCGCUCCCACCCACAAGCAGCGCAGACCCCGGCGGCAGCGAGGCUUCCUUCUCCUACAAGGAAAACCUGAUCGGCGCCCUUUUGGCCAUUUUCGGGCACCUUGUGGUCAGCAUCGCGCUUAACCUGCAGAAGUACUGCCACAUCCGCCUGGCAGGCUCCAAGGAUCCCCGGGCCUACUUCAAGACCAAAACAUGGUGGCUGGGCCUGUUCCUGAUGCUGCUGGGCGAGCUGGGUGUGUUCGCCUCCUAUGCCUUCGCUCCGCUGUCACUGAUCGUGCCCCUCAGCGCCGUCUCCGUGAUUGCUAGCGCCAUCAUAGGAAUCAUAUUCAUCAAAGAAAAAUGGAAACCUAAAGACUUCCUGAGGCGCUACGUCUUGUCCUUUGUUGGCUGCGGUUUGGCCAUCGUGGGCACCUACUUGCUGGUGACAUUCGCACCCAACAGUCACGAGAAGAUGACAGGCGAGAACAUCACCAGGCACCUCGUGAGCUGGCCUUUUCUCUUGUACAUGCUUGUCGAGAUCAUUCUGUUCUGCUUGCUGCUGUACUUCUACAAGGAGAAGAACGCCAACAACAUCGUCGUGAUCCUUCUCCUCGUGGCCUUACUCGGCUCAAUGACGGUGGUGACGGUGAAGGCCGUGGCUGGCAUGCUGGUCCUGUCCAUCCAGGGGAACCUGCAGCUCGACUACCCCAUCUUCUACGUGAUGUUCGUGUGCAUGGUGGCCACCGCUGUCUACCAAGCCGCGUUUUUAAGUCAAGCCUCACAGAUGUACGACUCCUCUUUGAUUGCCAGCGUGGGCUACAUUCUGUCCACUACCAUUGCUAUUACAGCAGGAGCAGUAUUUUACCUGGACUUCAUCGGGGAGGAUGCGCUACACAUCUGUAUGUUUGCACUGGGGUGCCUCAUUGCAUUCUUGGGUGUCUUCUUAAUCACCCGUAACAGGAAGAAGGCCAUUCCAUUUGAGCCCUAUAUUUCCAUGGAUGCCAUGCCAGGUAUGCAAAACAUGCAUGACAAGGGAAUGACGGUUCAGCCCGACCUCAAAGCUUCUUUUUCCUAUGGGGCCCUGGAAAACAACGACAACAUUUCUGAGAUCUGCGCUCCUGCCACGCUUCCGGUCAUGCAGGAAGAACACAGCUCCGGGGCUGCCCCCGGGGUCCCCUACCGAGUCCUGGAACACUCCAAGAAGGAAUGAGCCCACCUUGCUCCCUUUAUAACUGCUCAAGCCCUGCCGAUAGUGAUUCAGCCCUGAAUUCUGAAGUUUGCCUUUCGAGUCUUUUUUUUUUUUUUAACCGAGAACUCUCCAGAAGGGGAUCUGGAAGAGCCUUUGUCUCUGGCAAAGAAUAUAUUAUCUUGGCUUGGAGAUUCCGGAUGACCAGGGUGGGGGUGGGGUGGGGGAGGACGAAAGCAGUAUUCCGGGGUGGGUGGGGCGAGUGCGGGAUUCAGACCCCGCCCCGUUCCGCCCCCACCCCCGGUCCCCCAGGCUGGGAGAGCCCCCAUCAUCCCCGAGGAUGGUAACUGAACAUCCCCCUUCGGUGACCGCAAGCUGCCACAUUCCUCGCAGCUGAAACAAGACAGAUCCUGCCCUCUCCUUUCCACAUCGAGGGAGAGGCUGGGGACCCCUGAAUCCAGUCUUCCUCUUGCCUGAUCCUCCCCAUCUCGCUCGCGAUUCCAUAUUUUCACGUAACGUUUGCGUGGUCUUCACAUGGCAUAGCGGGCCAGCCCCGGGACCCUUCUGUCAUUCACCCGCAGAAAACGCACGUGUGCCCCUUCCGGUUGUCUGUGCCUUUCUAGCGAAAACGUGCUUGAUGUGUUCGUAUUCCACCCGCGCUUGAAAGCUAAUUUGUUUUUGGUUCCGUGAA